UCCUCUGUAUAAUAAUAAGCACUGGUACUGUUGCAUUAACUUUCUAAAGGCUCUCGACGUUCAUGCAGUUAAUUCGUUUAAUCUGACUAGCUCGUCGCGUUUCAGUACGGAUUUAUUCUAUUAGAAUCUCUUUCUUAUUCUGGUACUUUUAGUUUUAAAGCUAGUUGUAUGUUUCAGACCACCCAAGAUACAUUAAAACCGCAGACCCGUCGACAAUCAUUAAACCUGCAAAAUAAAAAUAUCGGUAGAAUCACAAGUUUGUCAUUAUGAACAUGAGUAUGCACGCUCCAUUCAGUGGAGGGUUCUUAAUUCAAGUUGCAUAUUAUACAACUUUAAAUUAACCAAUGUUGUUGUUUUAUUUGUUCUUUUAUGAAUUAGAAAUGCAAUUUUAAUAAUUUAGGUCAGAUUAAUCAUUGACCAAAAUGUUCUCAAGGAAGGGGGAUACCCCGAACCCAUGCUGGACCAGCAUUCAAUUUAUGAAACUUGGUACCUAUGCGUUUAGUAUGUAUACCUUGAACCGUGCAGUGCAGUGGAGUGAGUUGUUUUGGCGGCACCAGAGGGUCUUGUGCCAUCAUGAAUGUGUUAACAUUCUUUGCGGUUGGGCUGAUGGUUCAUUUGGUGUUCUUUGGCUCAAUAUUUGACAUCUAUUUCACCUCUCCAUUGGUCCAUGGCAUGACUCCACAACAGCCACGUCUCCCGCCACCAGCCAAACGACUUGUGUUGUUUGUAGCAGACGGUCUUCGAGCUGACAGCUUUUAUAAACCGGAUGCAAAUGGAUCCACCAGGGCACCUUACCUGAGAAAUGUGAUUGAAGAAAAAGGCAGCUGGGGUGUGUCUCAUACUCGUGUUCCAACUGAAUCCAGGCCAGGGCAUGUAGCUUUGAUUGCCGGAUUUUAUGAAGAUGUAAGCGCAAUUGCUAAAGGUUGGAAAGAGAAUCCCGUGGAGUUUGAUUCUGUGUUCAAUGAAAGUAAAUACACAUGGAGCUGGGGGAGCCCGGAUAUUUUGCCAAUGUUUGCAAAAGGUGCAAGCGGGGAUCACGUAUACACACACACAUACCCAGCUGAGGACGAAGACUUUGCUGCAAAAGAUGCUUCCAAGCUCGACACGUGGGUCUUUGAUGAAGUUAAGAACUUCUUUCAAUCUGCAAAAGGAAAUGAAACAUUGCUGUCACAGUUACACAAGGAAAAGAUUGUGUUUUUCCUUCAUCUGCUUGGCUUGGACACCAAUGGGCAUGCUCACAGGCCUAUGUCAAGGGACUAUCUGGAGAAUAUAAAGAUAGUUGAUGAUGGUAUUAAAGAGCUAGUUUCCGUAAUUGAGGACUUCUAUGGAAUGGAUGAGAAAACAGCAUAUGUUUUUACUUCUGAUCACGGCAUGACUGACUGGGGCUCUCAUGGAGCGGGCCACCCAUCAGAAACUUUAACUCCCCUUGUUGCUUGGGGAGCUGGAGUCCAGCAAGCCGAGAGAGUUACAGCACAGAACUUUGAGGAUAAUUUCCUCCAAGAGUGGAAACUUGAGAACUUCAAGAGGUUAGAUGUCAACCAGGCUGAUGUAGCUCCAUUGAUGUCUUCCUUAAUUGGAGUCCCAAUUCCUCUGAACUCUGUAGGCGUCCUCCCUGUGGACUAUCUGAACAGCAGCAACCACUUCAAAGCCGAAAGCAUGUUUGCAAAUGCCAUUCAAAUUCUGGAGCAGUUCAAGGUUAAGAUGGCUCAGAAAAAGGCAACCACUUUAUCAUUCCUGUUCACUCCAUUUAAGUUGCUUCCAGAAUCAGAACAAGCAGAUUUCAUACGCAGAGCAAGAUCUCUUAUCCAACACGGAAAUUAUCACCAAGCAAUCAGCGUUUGCAGGUCUCUGAUGAGCUUGGCUUUUGAAGGCCUGUCCUAUUACCAUACCUAUGAUCGCUUCUUUCUGGGGGUCAGUGUGGUGUUUGGCUUUGUGGGCUGGACCGCAUGUGUCAUCCUGAUGAUCCUUAAAACUCAUAACAGUCUCCACAAACCUUCCACGAGGAAGGAAAAGGUAUCAAAAGAUGCCCUCCUCCCUAAAGUGUUUGUCGGCAUCUCUUUAAUGAUAGCCUUCUUCCUGCUGAUACAGGCUAGUCCCUUGACCUAUUACAUUUACUGCCUGCUCCCAGUCCCUAUAUGGUAUGCAGUUUGCAAAGAAUACAGAACUUGUAAAGAACUUCUGAAUUCAGUAAAAUCCUACCCAUUAACUCAGAGCAUUGGAUUGUUAGUGAUGUUCAUUGUGGGAAUUGAAUUGUUGGUUGUGAGCUUUUUCUAUCGGGCUAUGCUAACCCUUGGACUCGUUGCUCUAACUGGAUGGCCAAUUGUGUCCAAAUUGUGGGCUCAAACAAAGACAUGGUCAGUUUGCUGGAUACUUGCAUGUUUGUUCCUGGCGAUGUUCCCUCUAAUGCCUGUGGUCGGGAGGGAGCCUAAUAUCAAUCUUGUGACCGGUGCUGGAUUGUUUUCUCUCAUUAUCUCUUCUUUCUUUCUGGCCUCCCUCUGGAAAGCAAAGAGCAAAACCUCCAGGAACUGGAGAGACUUUGAAGUAUACCUCUUCCAGAUGCUGAAUAUUGUUUUGUGCACAUUUGUUGUGAACAGUACCCACUCCAGUUUGAGCCUCAAGCAAGGAUUACCAUUAUUCAACCAGAUUGUCAGCUGGACAACGUUAGCCUCCUCAUUUGUUGUGCCUCUGCUGAGCUCCACACUCCUCCUACAGCGCCUGCUGGGCAUAUUCCUGUCUCUAGUAUCGACUUACCUCCUCCUCAGUACAGGAUGCGAGGCACUCUUCCCCCUUGUGCUGUCCUGGUUGAUGUUUGUGUGGAUUAACAUGGAACAGGAGACCAUGCAGUUUAAAGGCAUGUCUCCCAGAUUAAAGCUUUCCAACAUCGACUUUUCUGAAAACAUUGAUAUCUCAAAGCUGCGACAGUUAAGGCUUGAUGAUAUACGCAGAUCUUACUUUUUUGUUUUCUUUAUAGUUACUGCUUUUUUUGGAACUGGAAAUAUAGCGUCUAUUAACAGUUUUGAUCCUGCUUCAGUAUACUGCUUUCUGACCGUGUUUAAUCCUUUCGUUAUGGGAGCACUGAUGAUGUGGAAGAUUCUGAUACCUUUUGUGAUUGUGAUGUGCACAUUUGAAACCAUUCAAGUAUCAACACAGCUUUCUUCAAAAAGCCUGUUUCUGAUAGUGUUGGUCAUUUCUGAUAUAAUGGCUUUGCACUUCUUCUUUCUGGUUAAAGAUUAUGGAAGUUGGCUGGAUAUCGGGACAAGCAUUAGUCAUUAUGUGAUUGUGAUGUCCAUGACCAUCUUCCUGAUGUUUCUAAGUGUGUUGGCUCAAGUCCUAACCUCAAAGAGAAUCCUUCUUGGUGGGAAAUUGAAAUUGCACUUCAUGUGAAUGUUGGCAUUCUGAAACUGCUGAACAAAAAACAACUGUCAUACAUUUCCUGUUUUGCACACACAUUUGGUGUCCCUGGGAGUACUGGUCACUGAAAACAUCUGUGUCAGGGAGGUCCACUGGAUGACUCUUGAGCUACGUAUAGGACUGUCUCGAUUUAGAGGUGAAGACUGGAUAUUCAGCAGUGCAAAAAUAAAUGUUGGGUAAGUGAUUCAACAUGUAACCUGUUUAUGAGCACACAAAUACUGACAUGGUGUGCAUUCCAGUUUCAAAAAGAAAAACACAUCCCAUGUAUAUUGUUUGUUUUGUUUAUAAUGGCUCUCUUGUUAUCGAUAAGGCUCUGGGACUGGCUUUGUUGUUUGGGUUUGUAAAUAAAGUUUGUUGAAAUUUGUAUUUUUGUUAAUUUGGCAGGGAUGGGGUUAAAAAAGGGUGGUUUCAAUCAACAGGGAUAGACAGGCACUGGCAGUUAUACAAACAGUUGCACAAAAUGUGGAAGAAUGAAAAUAAAACACUGAUCAAAACAAAACUACAAAAAAAGAGGUGACCGUGAGCCGUGUUCGCUACUUCCCGUAUGUGGUGUUGAUGCAUGACUACAUAAAUUACUAAUAUUGACAGGUCUGAUUUGAACUACUUACUUAUUGGUUUCCCUGUGCUGGGUGCGUUUUUCUAAAGGUUAGAAGGGAUUUGUUCCAAAGCAAACCUUUUUCAAAUCAGUCACCAGGGAGUACAGGUGUUUCUGGAUGAUAUUGCAAUUGCUAAUUCAUUGACUCUGGAAUGCUUUCAUGUAAUAGUAAUGUGAGGAUUUUUAUGCUUGUUUAUGUUUUUUAUAACAUGAGAACUAGUGGAACGCUCGUGUGUCAGAUUAAAAAGAAAUUUGUGAAUAAGAUGCUAUGUUGUCAUGUAAUGUACCGUACUGCAAAGUAACAUUUUAAUAAAUAAUGGUAUAAUGUC